CGCUCGCGAUCCACACCGAGUAUCGGCCGCAGGUAUACGCGACUGGAGCGUCACUCUUGCGUCCCCGCUGGACUCUGCACGAGCUCGCCUCAUCUCGUACGUGUUCCUGUUCCGUGCGCUUGUGCCUAUCGCGUCUCUCUCUCUCUCUCCAUCCUUUCGUGCCUUUGCGCUCCAGUCGCGUUGCUGGAACAGAGCACUCGCUCGCUCAUCAAAAACUUCCUAACCACAAUACUGUUUACGUGAAGUUCUCUUCACUCUUCGGUGGAGAAUUUUCAUCAGCAUGGCCCACCGUGACUUUAGGCGUAUUCCUGAGUAUGUUGGAGUUUGAAAAAUUCGUUACAAUCAUACGGAGGCUCAGUGUCGUCGAUCGUGAUACUCAUUUGAUGAGAUGCUUUUGGAAAUUAUUCUCCAGACGAAUAAACGUUAUUGCAAGAUAAAGGAAAAUUGACAAUAUUCGAGCGCACGUACGGAGAAUCGUUCGCGUGAAAUAUUUUCAACGAUACAUCGAGGAUAAAAGAUGACGCUACCGGAAUGCGUUCUUGACAUAGCGAGUGUGUCACAUUCGACUGCUGUCGUGAUCGGAGGAAAUUGUUUCUCCAAGACUGAACCUACGGCUGUACUGCGCGAUGUUUCUGCUCGCGUUCACGGUGGCGAAGUACUCGCUGUGCUCGGAUCUAAGGGCUCGGGAAAAAGAGCGUUACUCGACGUCAUUGCUGGAAGAGCUGUGGGCAAAACGCGAGGCCGUGUGACGCUGGGCGGGAGUCUUCUAACGCCGGAACUAUUCCGAAGACACGGCGGUUACGUGGCUCACAGAUGCCACCUGAUACCGAGUUUGACAGUACGUCAAACUCUCUCGUACGCAACGUGGUUGGCCAAUUUACCGAACUGCGAUGCACGGGUCCGUCAAACACUGGCCGAUUUAGCCCUUUCACAGGUUGCAAAUCGCGCUGUAAACGAUCUCACGAGACCGGAGUAUCGACGGCUGAUGCUCGGUGUUCAGUUAGCCAAGGAUCCAACGCUCUUGUUAUUGGACGAACCAACUUGGGACACCGAUCCACUCAACACUUAUCUCAUAGUCUCGAUGCUCUGGUCUUACGCCACCAGGCGGGGCUCGAUCGUCGUCCUCACUAUGGAAACACCCAGAUCCGACGUCUUACCCUUUGUCAGUCGCGUUACCCUUCUUUGCCUCGGCGCUGUCGUUUAUUCGGGACCGACCAGGAGCAUGCUCGACUACUUCACUUACAUCGGAUUCCCUUGUCCUGAGCUUGAAAAUCCAUUAAUGUAUUACCUGUGUUUAUCAACGGUCGAUCGUCGCUCCAGAGAACGAUUUCUCGAGUCGAAUCAACAAAUAUCAGUGCUUGUUGAAAAAUUCAAAAUAGAAGGUGGCCUCUACAUGGAAGAAGCGCCGCAGUCGGCUCCAAGCGUGAAAGAAACGCCUCUCGGUUUCCUUCACAAGGGCUUAGGUCGUGGAAUCAAGCCAGGAUGCUUUUCGACCUUGUUAGCUCUGUACCUACGAAGCAUGGCGGCAACUUUUUCGUUCAACAAAUCGGGGCUCGGACACUUCACCACUCGCGUACUUCUGCUACCAUUUUGUAUUGCACUCCUGAGCAUUUUGUACUCGAAUUCGAGUCCCGUACAAUCAAGAUUAUUUUUCCAAACGGAAGGACUCGCCUUCAAUUGUCUUACUCUCUUCUAUCUCGCUGGGAUAGCAACGACUGCUCUUCUCUUCCCGGGUUUUCGAGCGCGGUACUAUCAAGAGAAGAGGGAAGGUCUUUACGGCGGUGCGAUGUUUUUGACCGCAUACACAUUGCUGAGCCUACCGUUGAGUUUUAUCUCAACGAUAAUAACAAUAGGAAUAUUGGAACCAAUAUUGGACCUGGAUCUGCCAUCAUGGGCAUACGCGACGGGUACGCUGUGGGCGAGUUACGUAGCAGCGGAACAAGUGACGAUUGGCUUUUUCAUGAUAAUCGCGAGACCUUUGACCGGCGUAAUAACAGUUCUUUAUCUCGUCCUCGUAUCGCUUCUGAUCGGCUCAGGGGGAGUGAGGAGUUUCAGAAAUUUGCCUGAUUGGUUGGCAGCCGUCUCAUCCGCAUUGCCAACAAGGUACGCUUCGUUGGCACUGAAUGCAUUGGCAAUGGGAGAAGGAAAGUUUCCCGAUUUGCGAUACAACGAGAGCGUCGCUUGCCCCGGGAUUCCUGAAUUGUGUCGAUACCCGAGUGGCGAAUCUUAUCUUAAUAAGAGAUUCACACGCGACGGUGGAAAUACAAUGGACGUAUUGGACGCCGAUCUCAAUCUGCUUGUUUCACUGGCCUUCGCCCUGGGACUCGUUAUUCUCAAUAGCGUACUUUAUUUAUUGCCUUUGCCCGCUAGAAUAAAAGCAAAGUUUCGUGAAUAAUUUAUGAUUUCAUAAUAAAUUGAACAAACAGCUAAGUAACGAAGCUAAAAUGUAUUUCUUCCUCUCAGAACAACCUCAAGCUUGAUCCACAAUCAUCAUAAAUGCUCUUUCGAACACAAUCCUCGAGUAUAAUACUAAAUGAUAUUCAACUGCAUAAACCUAUGCACUAACGAGUAAUCCAGAUAUAGUGUACAUGUAUAGUUAAUAAAAAAAAAAAAAAAAAAAAAAAAAA